AGGUGCUAGAAGAAGCCAAUUUUCUCCGCCACGCCUGUUCAUAGCGCUUGGCUCUCUUGACGCCCUUUCCUUGUGAAAGGGGAACUUAAAGGCCAAGAGAAAUCAUGGAACAUGUUCAACAAUGGGAGUGAUGGAGUGGGAAGACCUGCAGAUCUUUGCAAUGUUAUUGCAAAAUAAUGCUCUAUGGGAUAUCAUGUAGGCUGAAAUGCAGUUCUGAAUAAGAACUUUCACAUUGUGGAAAAAUACAUACUGCUUGAUUCAACUUGAUGUACGACCAUGAAUCAUGAAGAGGUGCAGACACGCCUUGAUGGCGGCAUCCCCUUGGGGACCAGUGCUGAGGAACGGCAGGGUCACCCCUGUCAAAAACUGCUUGACAGUGAGGCAAAGCUUCAGACAGCCACCCGGGAGCUGCAGACCUUGCGUACUCAGCAGGCCAAAGAGAUGCUGGAGGUGGAGAGCUAUGUUGCACAUAUCCGUGGGCUACUGGAAGAGCGUGAAUGUCUUACUGCAGAUUAUGAGAGAGACAAUGAACACUUGCGACAAGAGCUUCACCAGAUCAGACAACGACAAGAGAGUCAGAGCAAGGAGCUGGCAGAGAUGUUGGCUCAGGAGGACCUUGGGGAAAUUGGUCUGAGCAGUCCCAGUGAGCAAGUGGCCUACCUUUUGGUGGAAAGGGCCACUUUACUGGAGAGGCUGGAGGCUGUAGAAAGGAGACUGGAAAGUCAGAGCCUCACUGAAAACUUAAGAGAAGUCCAUCAACAGGACUAUAUUCACCACACAAUGGGGGUGGAGCUGAGGAAUCAGAGGGAGGAUAUGAAGAAAACCAUAGAUAACAUGAAGCAGUGUGCGUCCCAAAGUCCAUGGAAGAAGUUGUUUGGGCUGCGCAGGUCUGGUCAAAGCAAACACAAUAUUACCCCUGCUCACAGCGAGGAGAUUUCCCAAGAGAAAAAUGAGCACCAGCGACUGGAACGAGACCUUGAAGAGGCAUCCAGGAGGCUGGCAAUGGCUCAUCAGGAUAUCCGCAGACUCACCAAUGAGGUGGAUGCUGCCAAGAACAACCUGGACCCAAGUGGAUCUGAGCUACAGGGAACAGUCCAAGAAGUAGAGAACCUGAGGAAGGAAGUGGACAAACUGAAACACUGUGAUAUGAUGAAGCUGCAGCGAGCCAAAGAGCAAAAUGACAAACUAGAUGCUGAGAACAGAGCUCUGAGAGAGAGAGUCCUCACUUUAGACUCUGAAAAGAAAUGUCUCUUGGAUCAGUUGAAAGUAAAUGAUGGGAAACAUGACGAUCCAAAGGACAAGAGCAUUAGCAGUAAACCCCAUCAGUCUGGUUUGUUGGAUCAAGACGAGGACGGUAUUCACAAACGAUGUCGUGAAGCGAUGGAAGACGGGGUUGUACAGUUGAAAGAGAUGCAAAGACAACUCCAGAGGCUCCACAAGCAACAAGAAGAGCUUGAGGAGAGGAACGAGGAACUGGAGGCUCUGCUGGGGGAGGCCCAGAACUCCAGCAAGGAGGAGAGACAUCGCCACGAGGGAGAACUUGAAGGACUCCACAGAAGGAUCAGAGGCCUGGAGGCAGAGCUCAAGAUGCCAGGUGACCCAGGAAAAAUGAUGAGGAAUGGAGAAAAUGUAAAAGCCACUGAGUCCUUCUUACAACUGCAUCUAAGGGACAGCAGCCAGGAGAGACUAGCUCUGCUAGAGGCUCGUCUGACAGAGGAGAAGGACUGGAGGAAACAGCUGGAGGUAGACCUCAGUGCUGCCCAGGCUGCCCUCAAGAAAGACAAGGAGGCUCUGCAGAUAAGUGAGCGAGAGCUGAAGAAGCUAAGACUAGAGGUCAACAGCCUUCAGAGAGAAUGCCAACAAGGGAAAACACUCAUCAAGAGCCUCACUCAAGUCAAAGGGGAGAAAGCCGUUCUGGAGGAAAAGGUUGCUCAGAUGGAGCGUUCCCAGAGCCGACUGCAGAGCAAGCUGGAAUACUGCAAGGACAGUAACCGAACCCAGGAGGACAAGUUGCAGGAGCAGGCUGACGGGCUUAUUGCUGAACUCAUCAGCCUCCAGACAGCACACAAUGCCUUGAGGGAAGAGAUGGUUGCUGAGCGGCUGCAGUCGGCUGAGCUCCAGGCAAAGCUGAGCUCAGGUGUCCAGGAAAAGCUGACAGCCGAGGGAGAAACUAGGCUGAAGGUAGAGAUCCAGCGCCUUAAAGAGCAGCUGAAGUGGCACGAUGAGCAGCUCUCGUCUUCAAAGGAAGCACUUAUUAGCAAAAAGGAGCCUGAACUGCAAACAGCUGAUAAAGAAUCCAUUAUGAGUCCAGUGGAGAGGACGCAGGAUGAGUACUCAUAUCAGGAGCUGAAUCUUCUCCAGACCAAGCUGGAAAAGGAGUGUCAGCUGGCCUCACAGCACCAACUGGCCCUGCAGGCUCAGGUCAAUGAAGCCCAGGCACAUAUAAAGUCCCAGGACUUAGUGCUGAACCAGAAGGCAGAGGAGGCUAAACAGAUGAAGCAGGACCUGCAGAGGGCCCAGAGCCUUUUCUCCUCAGCAGAGCGAGAGCUGCGCUACGAGAAAGAGAAGAACCUGGAUCUGAAGAGACAUAAUACCCUGCUGGAUCAGGAAAAACUCAAGCUUUGUGCAGAGCUGAAGCAGGUCCAGAAAAAGCUGGUCCAGAUGGAGCAUAGUGUCCAAGCUCAGGCGGCUGAGUGUGAAUGUCAGCAGCAGAAAAUUCGAAAGCUGGAAUUGGAACUUGCACGUAACUCAACAAAUCGCAGCACCACCACUAGUUUGCAGGAAGAGCUACAGGCAGAGAGGGUGCGGCUGAUGGCUGCUGACAAAAAGGUGUUAGAGCUGCAGCAGCAGCUUAAGAAUGCCCAGCACCAGCUGCGAGUGGAGGAAGCUCGGGCAGGUGAGAGCAGUCGUCUGGAGAGGGACAGCAGGGAUCUGGCCGAUACCAUAUCAGCCCUGAGAACCAAGCAGCAGGAGGAGCACAUUACCAGGAAGCUGUUGGAGCAGCGUGAGGAGGAGCUGCAACAGCAGUUACGGUCACUCAGGCUGAAGGAGGCCUCCAUGACCAAGACAAAUGCAGAGCUCAGCCACCGGGCUCAACAGCUGGAAUCACAUCUAACCAUCCUGGAGGCUGAGCUACGCAAGGCCAGAGAGGAGGUAAGAGACAACCAGAGGUCAUACAACAAACUACAGGAGGACUUGGGAUCCAAGCAGCAGGAGGUUGACAGACUGCAGGGGGAGCUGCAGCAAGUUCUACUCCAACUGGACACACAUGUCAGAAAGUACAAUGAGAAGCAGAGUCAGCACAAGACCAAGCUCCGUCAGGCCAAGCAGGUCUUCCUCAAGGCUACUGCACAGAAGGACCGCAUCAUACAGAAACUGGAGAACGACUUGGUGCUGGCCUCCAGCCUCUCACACAAGGAGAAGGAAAGGAUCAAUACAGUGAUGGAGGAAAAUGAGAAACUUCUGGAAGAGAAGAGGGAACUUUUGCGAAAUAUAAGCGAGGCAGAGGAAAUGGGCAGCAAAGGCAUGAGGACUGCCUCAACUGUACAAUACAGGGUCAACGUUUUAGAGAUGGAAAACAGACAACUUCAGGAUCGAACUCUGAAGCUCUCCAAUCAAGUCAGUUCUUUGGAGCGUGCCCUAAGGAAUGUCCAGUCACACUACAGCGUGGAGAAUGCAAAGAAAGUGCCCCCCUCUGAUAGCCUUUGUGAUGGCAUCCUGCGUACGUCUUCGCUAAGUCUGACAUCAGGUUCAUGUGACCCGCUGCACAUCCUUGAUGCGAUCUGUCAUGUGAAGGUGGGUGAGUGUGUGGUGGCGGAUUCGACUGCUGCUGUGUCCAUGCAGCAACCAUCGGAGCAGGGCUACCUGAAUCUCAUCUCCCCCCUGGUUCCUCCAGACUCUAAAGGAACAGAGGAGAGCAAUAAUGACACCAACCAGGUAUGAGAGGUUUUGGUGAGGCACCACAGCAUCCAAUAUCCUACAAAUAUAGAAUGCAAAUCCAGCUUGUUAAAAGCCAGUAACAAUGAACAGGCGCUUCCACCGUAGUUGUUCUCAGGGUGAUAUAACUUUUGUAAAUGCAAAGCAGAUUCUUGUUUGGCUUGCAAUUUCUGUUUCUGAUCCGGGUCCAGAUAAAGAAAAUGAGUGAUUUAUUUAAAAAAAAUGAACUGCAAGUGUCAAUCAAUUACUGUAAAGGCAUAUUAAAAAAAUCAUCUUACAGGAGAGUGAAACUAAACACGUGGCUUGAUAGUGUUUGUAUGCAAAGUUAUGUUGCAUAAGCCGGGGAAGCACCAAAGCAAAUCAGAACGUUUGUAAGCCUUAUAUUGGCUCGUGGAAAUGAUAAUCUUUGUUGUACCAUUACAUUAUUCAAAAAAAACAUGUAAUGGUGCAACAUAUGGAAAUGUUCAGCAAAGUAAAUGUCUUAAAGACAUUUCAUGAGGGAAACUGACUGACAAAUGUUUAGCUUGAGCACUUUACGAAAUGUUUUACUCGUUUUAACAUUUUUGAAAAUUGUAGCACUGGUUACGGGUACGUCUCAGUUCCCUUAAUUGCAUCCACGCGUCCUACAUUUGGCUCCUCCACUUGCCUCUUAGUCCCUCCCACCAGAGAUACAUGGGAAGUAGCAAGGAACUGAAGCAGAGGAGAGAGGAAAUGAGGAGAUAUGUUUUAAGAGACACGAGACGUCCUUUCCUUUACAGCGUCACCUGAAGCGACGUCCGUUUGUGAUGAUAUCAGCUGAUCACGUUCAGCUGUCAGUCGGCUUUAACAGCUGUUUAUGUCGGCACAAAUACGCAUUGUAUUAUUUCUAAUAAAAUACACAGUAAAUCAAAUAUAAAGUCGGGAGUGAGCGGCCUACACUGUAGUAUUGAUUUUAUAGAACUUAUGCUUAAUAUUUCAUUGUUAAUCUUCAUGUCAGACACUUUAUUUAUUCCCAGCUCAUAACAGACCGACUCUUCACAAACUGACAGAUGUUUAUAAUCUGUUUAAAUGUCCGAUGUGUCCGUUUAGUCUUUUUAAUGUCAGUCAAUGAGAGGUAUUUGAUAAAGGGGCGUGCCUGUCAGUAAAAAGACUUCCAUAAAGUGUGCUCUUGUGUAUCCUCGCUCAUCGCUCCUCAGAUCUCCCUCCUCUCUCUUCCAUCCUCUCUCCUCCUUUCAGUUAUAAAGAGCUUUGGGACGCUCCUUAACUUGGCGGUUCUAGAACUACUUCCGGUUUGGCCGAGGAGACAGUAUUUAAGAGAACUGAGAUGCAGGAUAUAUCAGUGUCUCAUGCAGUGUACUGAUGGCGUGUAUUAUACACAUGUAAAUUAUUCUUUGCAGUUUUCGAUGGAAAAAAAGCCUCCUAUGGUGUUGUAUGUUUAUGGUUUUACUGUAUCUAAAAAAACUUGGAACACAGAUCAGCAUUUUUUUUUACGAGUUUACAAAACAGGAAUAUAGGAAAAGGACUUACCAUAUAUGGCAGUUAAUAUCGCGAUCCUUAAGAAACGGGACCAUUCUGAUAUCUGUUAUUGGUUCUGUUUGAAAGCUUAAGCUGCUCCAGUAUUUACAUUCUGAGCUCCACAAUUAGUUUUUACAAAAAAGCCAAAAUGUCAGUAAGCCAGUAAAUUAAAGUAAAGGUUUUUUUUUGUUGCUUGUUUGAAGUAACUGAAGCUGUUUUUUGUGUUGGUCAGAAAUUACCUUUACCCUUCUACAAGGAGAUGUGUGUGACAUGGCAAUAAACUACAAUUUAAAGUAGAGGCGUAUACAACUGGAGAAAGAUUGUUGAUACCAUAUUUGAAAAAUAAAUGUCUUCAAAUCCCUUCAUAAAAGCAAAGGAUUAGAUAUAUAUAUUAAAAAUAAGUUAUAGAGGACAUGGGCACAUUAAGUUUUUUUUAACUCACAACAGCUAGGUUGUGAGUUAUAAAACUUUUUUUUGUGCAGUAAUUAUUGUGUAUGCACACAAUUGCACAUCCCACAUUUAACUUAUUCUUACCACUACAUUAUUUUGUGCCGAUAACAGAGUUGUACACUGUUUUGUCUUAAAUGUGCCUGAAAUGAUGAGCCUAUUUAUGUCAGAUGUAACCUGAAACCUUAUGGACAUGAAAAAUAUCAUGUCAAUGUUGUAUUCAUGUAAAUGCUUUUUUUACAUUUAUAUUUUCAUGAAUAAAAGUGAAUACAUAUAUAGUGCUUGACUUUUCUCUUCAUCUUUUAGGUUUUUUUUAAGAUAAAUAUGUUUUGUAUGAACCAAGAAAUCAGUGAUGAAUUUAUAACAGUCUGUUUAUUAAACAAGGUAAAGAUACAAAGCUUUUUUUCUUUUUUAAAACAUUGAUAACCUUAGUUUAACUUCUCAGUCUUGGCUGUGCAUAUUUA